AUGCUACGGCAACUCAACGUGUCGACCUCCGCUCCAAACUCCGCCUGCCGCCAUACGGCUUCGGUUCAGAGGAAUCUUACGCGCAGCUCGAAACAACCUUUGGCCUCUGCUGCCUCGACGGACGCUCUUUGUGCUCUGCAGCCGCUUGCCUUUUUGGGUCGGGCUGCCUUGGCGACGGCAGCCCUCCCGACUCCGCUUGUCGCUUUGAUGUCGGACUUGCCAGAGGACGCGCUGGGCUUGAUGCCUAUCUUGGCUUGGACUCGAUCGACGCGCGGAGGCACAGGCGGAGCAUCAAAAAUCUCGCCAACAGAUGUGCAGAUCCACAGCUUCGGCAUGACCGCCAUCCUGUCGUCCAGGUUCUCGGACUCGACCAUCGCGUCGGCGUCUUCGAGCUUCAGCCGACUCUCCGCGGCGAGCAGCGCGUCGUCGGUCGAGGACCUGCUGCUUCCGUCCUUGGAUGCCAUCCCCAAACCCCCACCGCGCACCUCGUCCAUCACUCUCAACAGUACCAAGACGUACAGCGAGCGACGUGAACGUAAGAAGCCCGCUCCUCUGCAACUCGUGAGCUCGAGUCGCCCGAUGCGCAACACUGCCACCACCAGCUCGAUCAGCGACGACGGCUACUACAGCUGCAAAGAGGAUCUGCGCCGAUCCGGCACUCGAGCCGCGUGCUUUUGCGGAGCUGAUGUGCGUCCCAGCACCAGCAGCACCACAUCGUCUUCCACCGAGAUCUACUGCUCUCGCAAGUGUGCCAGGCAGGACGCUCUUUAUGCCCUCGAGGGCCGCUCGCCGACAAUGUCCCACCUCUCUGCCUCGUCCUCGGACAUCGAGGAGGAGGACGAGGACUUCCCUGUAACGCCGACCAAUGCCUUCGUGCCCGCUACGCCACGCGCACCCAUUGCCAAGGGUCGCACGCUCGAGCUUCGUGACCGUCCCUCGCUCAUGAAGAAGAUGGCAGGGAUUGGAGCAAGUCACUAUCGGAGGAUGGAGGCUCUCGGCCUCUACGAUGCCGACUCGACGCCAACGCGCCCGUCAACGUCGAAUCCAUUGAUGGACCCCAUCGACCUCAUGGUCGCACACUCGCCCAAGAGCAAGUCGGUCUCUUCACUUGAAUCAUCGAGUGACGAUGAUGACUUCGACUUUGACCCCCGAAAAACGCUCUUCUUCCCUGUGCCCAUCUACAUGGGCGCUUCCACCCAGCCCUGA